CGCAAGCGCUUUACGCUUUACAUCAAUUGUGUUCCCGAUCUUUUAUAUAUAUUUUCUUCCUGUUUUUCAACUGCAGUUUUGCUAGGACAUACAUUGCUUGACUUAAAUCAUGGAUUUGAAUCAGAAAACUGUCCAGAUGACCUUGAUUGUCGUUGUCUUCGUCAUGUGUCAAUUUUGGACAGGGUUUACAUGUCCUGCUCUUUGUCAAUGCUGUGUAAACGACAACUGUGGAGAUCCGCCUCCGGGUAAAUGGCAUGGAUGGGGCAGUGUUUGUCUUGAAGGAUGCAAGGACGGAUAUCAUCAAGCUCGCUGUAUGCAUACUUGUAGUGGAAACUGUCAGACUUGCAAGCAAGAUGACGGUGCUUGUCUUACAUGUAUUCCUGGAUUUUAUGGUCUUAGUAGCAAUUGUUCGAAUAGUUGCUCUCACAAGAAUUGCGCUUGUGAUCAUACACCGUGCGAUUUUUGCCUGAAUGGAUUUUACAACAUUUCCAACGACUGCAAUUUAGUCUGUUCAAAGGGUUGUCAUAACGGGAAGUGCAAUGAUAACGGUACUCGUGUUUGCAUCGCUAAUUUUGAAAGAGAUAAAUGUGACUUCUGUGUUCAAGGGAAAUACGGAGAUCUGUGCAAUAAUAGUUGCGUAAACGAAAACUGUAGAUGCACUUACGCAACAGAUUGUGUAUCUUGCAAGUCUGGCUAUUUUGACUUCUCCACUUUAUGUUCCAAACAGUGCUCCUUGGGUUGUGAGAACGUAUGUGAGAAUGACGGGACCUGUAAAUGCCUUUCGCAAUUUACUGGACCGCAGUGUCGCACCUGUUUAAAUGGUUAUUUUGGAAAUGAUUGCAAAACGCCUUGUUCCGGAGGUUGUAUCAAUGGCACGUGCAAUAUAAAUGGAACAUGUCAGUGUUUACCAAAUUUUGACGGAGACAUGUGUGAAAUCUGCCGUACAGGAUAUUUCGGCAAAUUUUGCGAUAUCCAAUGUGGAUCAGGUUGUACAAACAACAUCUGUGACAGAUAUGAUGGCACAUGUGAGUGUGAAUUCAACUACAAAGAAUCGCAGUGCAAUAUAUGUAAGGAUGGCUAUUUCGGUAUAAAUUGCAAUGUUUCAUGCCCAGAUGGUUGCUACAAUUGUUCUUCAAUUGCAAGCUGUUUCGCAUGUAAAGAAGGAUUUUAUGGUUUGGACUGCUCACAGCGUUGUUCGACUAAUUGUUUAAGGUCACAAUGUGAACAAGUUGAUGGCAUUUGUACGGGUGGUUGCUUGGAUGGUUUUACAACCGCAAAUUGCACCGAAAGAUGUGAUGGGAAUUGUAAAAUAUGUUCCCAGACGAAUUAUACACACUGCACAGCAUGCUUAGGUGAAUUCAGCGGACUCUCUUGUAAAUGUGUUCCAAACUGUCAAUGUGAAUUAAACAAUGAGGUGUGUAAAAAAUGUACAAAUGGAUUUGAAGUGGAAAGCAAGGAUUGCAAAUGUAAUAAAAAAUACUGUUUUGACAAGUCGCACUGUACAUCGUGCCAAAAUAACACAGUUUAUUCUUACGAGGAUACAUGUUGUGAGUGUAGCACAAAUUGUAAAAAUAAACAAUGCUUGCCAGUUAACCAGUGCUUGAAUGGAUGUGAAGACGGAUACACUGGUGUAGACUGUGCAGAAUUAUGUACAUAUUACGAUGGUAAUUGUACAAAAUGUAACCAGACUACACAUUUUUGUUUCCGAUGCCAACAAGGGUUUUCACCAAACAUAGAUGGUGUUUGCACUUCAUGUGUUGGUUGUAUUGACAAAGCCUGUGAUACUACAAGUGGUGUGUGUAGCAAAGGGUGCAGACUUAAUUUUUGGACCAACACUUGCGAAAAAGAGUGUAGUUCAAACUGCAAAGGGUGUGACCGAGUAUCGGGCAUAUGCAACGAAUGCACAUCAGAUAUAAUUUAUGGGCCGUUUUGCAAUUUGACAUGUAGUCGAAGCUGUAUGGAAUUGCAAUGCAACAGAACGACAGGUGACUGUAUAUAUGGAUGCAUUACAAAUAUGUACGGUCCUAAAUGUGAGUAUAAAUGUCCAGAAUCAUGUGAAGUAAGCGGCGAAAAUUCCAAUUGCGGCUUUGAAGGUCAAUGCCUAUAUAAUUGCAAAGCGGGUUACCAAGGACGAAAAUGCAAUAUUGCCAAUUCUGAAAAGGACAAUACAGUCUCAACAGGUGCAAUUGCUGGAGGCGUCGGCGCAUGUCUGAUUCUUUUUCUGGUAUCUUGUGUUAUCAUUUUCCUUGUUCGGCGGAGAAUCAUUAACCAACAACGUAAUGCUUCUAAAGCUGUUUAUGCGAAUGUUUCCGGCACGAGCACUUCAGUUCAUGAAACAGCCAAUGAAACUGUAACUCAUCAGCCAUGUGUUCAGAUAGUGACUCAAAAUAACAAGCCUUUGCCUAAACAAGUAAAGAAGACACAUGCACAAGAAAAACAAUCAAGCGAAACGAGAAAACUUUCAGGACGACAUGUACCACCUGCGAAAUCCGUGACAAGCGCAGUACUGGAAGAAUAUGUAAAUGAUGCAGGGAUCGCUAAGGGAAGUAACGAGAAUGAUGCAGCAUAUGACAACGAUGCAAAUAACGAUGAUACGCAUACGGUGCCUGUUGAGUCGUUGGCACGAUGUGUGUUGGGAAAGACAGAAAAAGAUUACGAGGAAGAAUUCCAGAAAUUUCCAAAUGGCCUUAGAAAACCGUACCAGGCCUCACAACUGAAAGGAAACGUCUUGAAGAACAGAUACCGGGGAAUCUAUCCAUAUGACGAUUCAAGAGUACAGAUCAAAGGAGGGGAAUCGGAUUACAUCAAUGCCAGUUUUAUCGAUGGUUACAACAUGAAACACGCGUACAUUGCUACAUUGGGGCCAAUGUCGAAACAGCUUGGAGAUUUCGGUAUAUUCUGGCAAAUGGUUUGGCAACAAAAGGUUGAAACAAUUGCCAUGGUUACUAAUCUGAUUGAGGACGGGAAAGAUAAAUGUGAUCAGUACUGGCCCGACCCUGGUGUCAGUAAGACGUAUGGCGAUAUCACGGUGUCGUGCUACACGGAAAACAAAUAUACAGAGUUCACAAAGAGAGUGUUUUCAGUAUCUAAGGUCAAGCGGAAAGAAAAAAGAAUGCUGCACCACCUUCACUUUACCUGUUGGCCCGAUAGAGAUGUCCCCGAUGAUGUCACCGCUAUAAUUGAAUUCAGACAGGCGGUGUUGAACUCGCCAAAACAGUUCAAUGGUCCACUGCUUGUUCAUUGCAGUGCUGGAGUGGGAAGAACAGGGACAUACAUUGCACUUGAUAUUUUGACCAAAGAAGGAGAGGCCGAAGGAGCUAUUGACAUUCCUGGAUGCGUCGUCAACAUGCGGCAAAACAGGCCUAACAUGAUCCAGACACUGAUUCAGUACAAAUACCUUCACACAUCUCUGGUUCAUUCAUUGACUCUCAGCUGUAGUCCAAUCAAAGCAGACGACUUCCAGCAAUACCUGACCCGUACGAGAGAUUCCGAGUUGGUGCACCUUUAUGAGAAAAUUAACCUGACUGUUGAAACAAUGUCAAAUGAGGAAAUGAUAGCAGUAGAAAGACACAAGACAGAGACUAAAGCGAAUAGACUCCAUUCAGACAUCCCAGGAGAUAAGAACAGGCCACGAGUAUAUCUCAACCUAAAGCCUGGCGCAUCAGAUUACAUCAAUGCUGUUUACAUCGACAGUUUCACUGUGAAAGAUCGUUACCUUGUUUGCCAAACUCCCUUGAAAGAAACUGUGUCUGAUUUCGUCACGCUUGUGAUGCAAGAACAAUGUUCAUGUGUCGUCAGCUUUGAAAGUGAAAUGGAAAAACAUAGGAACGUGGGAUUGUACUACCCAGCUGACAAUCAGGAACUUGUUAUUGGUGAUGUUACAGUCAGAAGUCACAAAGUUGAAGGCAAGGAUUACUACCAGAAAAGAACGUUGACAAUUACACACGACACUGCAAACGGGCAUUCAGAUGUGCGCACAAUACCCAAUCUACAAUUUACAGACUGGGACAAAAAGCACAACGUUCCAAGAUCUACCCAGAAUGUCCUGGCCUUCAUUGAAGAUGUUGAUGCUGCGGCGAAGGCGUCACGACAUGAUGGACCGAUACUCGUCCAUUGCUUAGAUGGCGCAAGCAAGAGUGGUAUAUUCUGUGUGGUAUCACUCCUGCUUCAGAGAGUUGCUGUGAACCAGGAAGUUAGCGUAGUGAAUGUUGUGAGAAAAGUAAGAACAAGGAGGAAGCUUGCUAUUCCAAACAAGGAACAGUUUCACUUCUGCCACGAGUGCGUGCUUGGAUACAUCAACACGCGUGAGAGCACUACUUAUUAUAACACUUGUGGCGGACUUGUACGAGGUCAAAACUAGUAAAUGCAUUAUCAAGACUUCAUCAACACGCGUGAGGGCACCACUUAUUAUAACACUUGUGGUGGACUUGUACGAGGCCAAAAUUAGUAAAUGCUGUAUCAAGACUUCAUCAACACGCGUGAGAGCAACACUUAUUAUAAUACUUGUUGUGGACUUGUACGUGGUCAAAACUAGUAAAUGCAGUAUCAAGACUUCAUCAACACGCGUGAGAGCAACACUUAUUAUAACACUUGUGGUGGACUUGUAUGAGGUCAAAACUAGUAAAUGCUGUAUCAAGACUUCAUCAACACGCGUGAGAGCACCACGUAUUAUAACACUUGUGGCGGACUUGUACGUGGUCAAAACUAGUAAAUGCAGUUUCAAGACUUCAUCAACACGCGUGAGAGCAACACUUAUUAUAACACUUGUGGUGGACUUGUAUGAGUUCAAAACUAGUAAAUGCAUUAUCAAGACUUCAUCAACACGCGUGAGAGCACCACCUAUUAUAACACUUGUGGCGGACUUGUACGUGGUCAAAACUAGUAAAUGCAGUAUCAAGACUUCAUCAACACGCGUGAGGGCAACACUUAUUAUAACACUUGUGGUGGACUUGUACGAGGUCAAAACUACUACAUGCAUUAUCAAAACUUCAUCAACACGCGUGAGGGCAACACUUAUUAUAACACUUGUGGUGGACUUGUACGAGGUCAAAACAAGUAAAUGCAGUAUCAAGACUUCAUCAACAUGCGUGAGAGCAACACUUAUUAUAACACUUGUGGUGGACUUGUACGAGGUCAAAACUAGUAAAUGCAGUAUCAAGACUUCAUCAACACGCGUGAGAGCAACACUUAUUAUAACACUUGUGGCGGACUUGUACGAGGUCAAAACUAGUAAAUGCAUUAUCAAGACUUCAUCAACACGCGUGAGAGCACCACUAAUUAUAACACUUGUGGUGGACUUGUACGUGGUCAAAACUAGUAAAUGCAGUAUCAAGACUUCAUCAACACGCGUGAGAGCAACACUUAUUAUAACACUUGUGGUGGACUUGUACGAGGUCAAAACUAGUAAAUGCAGUAUCAAGACUUUAUCAACACGCGCGAGGGCAACACUUAUUAUAACACUUGUGGCGGACUUUUACGAGGUCAAAACUAGUAAAUGCAGUAUCAAGACUUCAUUAACACGCGUGAGAGCAACACUUAUUAUAACACUUGUGGUGGACUUGUACGUGGGCAAAACUAGUACAUGCAUUAUCAAGACUUCAUCAACAUGCGUGAGAGCAACACUUAUUAUAACACUUGUGGUGGACUUGUACAAGGUCGAAACUAGUAAAUGCGUUAUUAAGACCUCUCGAAGACAUCACCUAAAGGGCAGGUGGGGUGCUUUUGUACUUGGGAAAACUUUAAACACUACUAGUAAAAUCAAUAGAUUCUACAACAGCUUAAGAAAUGUAUACAUUACUUAAACCUUAGCGAUAGUGACUGUUGAAACAACGUCUCUGUAUCAUUGUAUUUACGUAUGCUCUUGUAGUUUGAAAGCUACCAGUGCCAUAUGACAAUAGAUUUUGCACAUAUUAUAAGUACACGAAUCUCUACUUAUACCUUUCCUUGUGCAUGUAUAUUACGCGUAUAUACAUAAGUUGCAGUUGACAAUUCGUUUGAGAAAGAUUUUCAUUGUUGUUGAACAAUGUGAAAACAAUGAUACUGGGUUGAACGCGCUCACACAAUUCAAACAUAUAUUGGUCAACUUCAUUUAAACAAUAUCAGUAAGCUUACGUAAACAUUUUAUAUAUUUGUUCGUUCCAUUAACCGGUUACAUCAGUUAUCAUGCAAUACAACUGUUUGAGUAUAUUAUUUUAAUAGCUCUUUAUUUUUUGAAGAUUUCAUACAUAUGUCUACCUUCUUAUAUAGAUUAUUGAAGAAGUGUAAACACGUUUAUAACUACUCUGAUGUAUUUGUAAUAAGCAAACACUGAAACAAUUUACAAAUAAACGGCAUUUACGUUAUAUCGUUUAUUCUCUCUGCACCAUAAGUCAUGUCAUGUAAGAAUUAGCAUAUUAUUUUUUCUCUUAUUUAUUCAAUCAGUUGUAUACUGUACUAUUUAACUGUGACCUCUGCUAUGGAUAACGUCAUGUUAUAUUGAAUGUUUGAACUGUUGGUUAAGGUUUAUUUAAAUGUUAUCUAUGUAAGUGUAUAUAUUUUACCUUUUUAUGUGUGUUAAGAAUAAAUGAAUCAUGAAUCAUA